AUCUUGGUGUUUCUAGUGCAAAGCUCUACUGUUUUGCACCAUAUCCUUUCCUAAAGAGUAUGAAUCCUUAACAUUCAUGCAGUUACAUUACAGUUGUAUAAUUUCAUUUCAGUAAAUUCAUUUAUUUUUUUUAUAUUUGUGGUAAGUUAUAGUGUUAGCAGAGCAAGUACAAAUCUGACCAAGCCUACAGGUCCUCUUCUUUUUCCAUGCCAUGCUGGACAAACACAUUCAUGCGGUGUGAAUGAAGUGUGAUGAGUUAAGAAGAGACAUCUGUGAUGCUUGAGGUGCUGAUCAUCAUGUCAGUCAAACUCUUAGACCCUUUAAGACCAAUGAAGCAUGAUCAGAGGAACUGAGAAUUAAGCUUUCCAAGAUCUUUAUGUCUUCAGUUUAAACUCUAAGAAACUCUGUAAAGGGGUCCUUGUCCAAAGACUGCCAUCGAAUCACUCCCCAAAACUACACAUAGAAUCAGUGUUUCCUGUGGAAACGUUUUGGUUUCUUAUUCUUCACAAAGUUUGUCACAGCACCCCCUUUUUGGGGCCAUGCCCCACCUGUUAAACAAUGACACGUCCUUCAGCUCCAAGCAAGAGCUUCUGGUCCUACAUGACAGUCCACUGGGACCCGGUCCAGGCACUCCCAGCCCUGUGGAGUCCCAUGAGUCUGGGCCUGGCAGCCCGUCUGGAGAUGCACACACUGUGUUCCACAAUACAGACAAACGGGGGCUUGAGCUCAAAGAGCCUCCCAUUGGGGUGAAGUUUGUCCCAACGGUGUCUGAGAAUCUGUGUGGAUGGGGUGCACUGACCCCACGGUGCAUCCAGACCUUCAACAAUCCACGCUGGCUUCUCUUCUUCCUCUGUGUGGCCUCCUUCCUCCAGGGCAUGAUCAUCAACGGCUUCAUCAACACUGUCAUCACCUCCAUCGAGAGACGUUUUGAUCUACGCAGCUACCAGGCGGGACUCAUCGCGAGCUCCUACGACAUUGCUGCUUGUGUGUGCCUGACCUUCGUGAGCUACUUUGGUGGUACGGGUCAUAAGCCUCGAUGGCUGGGCUGGGGUGUGCUCAUCAUGGCACUGGGGUCUCUGGUCUUUGCCCUGCCCCAUUUCACCACACCUCCCUAUGAGGUGAGAGUACCUGAGCGCAUGGGAUUGUGCUCGGCCAAUCACACAGAGACAUGUGUCGGUGAGGAAGGUGGGCUGUCAGCGUAUCGUUAUGUCUUUAUGCUGGGCCAGUUUCUUCAUGGGGUCGGGGCGACCCCUUUGUACACGCUCGGGGUCACCUACCUAGAUGAGAACGUCAAGUCAAACUACGCUCCUGUAUAUAUUGGGAUCUUCUACACAGCUGCCAUUGUAGGACCUGCGGCCGGUUACUUGCUGGGUGGAUUCUUCCUCAACAUUUACACAGAGAUCGACCAAACGACAAAGCUGACUCCGGAGAACCCACUGUGGGUGGGAGCUUGGUGGAUUGGUUUCCUGGCAGGAGGGGCGGCAGCUCUGGUCAUCGCUCUGCCGAUACUGGGUUAUCCACGGCAGCUACCGGGCUCUCAGCGAUAUGUGGCCAUGCGAGUCUCAGAGGCCCACCAGCUGAAGGAUGGCAGUCAGGUCACUGCAUCUGAUCCUCAGUUUGGAAAAACAGUAAAGGACAUGCCCAGGUCAAUGCUGUUUCUUUUAAAGAACCCUACCUUCAUCUUUCUGUGUCUUGCUGGUGCCACAGAGGCCACGCUCAUAGCUGGGAUGUCCACGUUUGGCCCCAAAUUUCUGGAGUCUCAGUUUAGUCUGAGUGCUUCAGAAGCAGCAACCUGGUUUGGGUAUAUGGUGGUACCGGCUGGUGGAGGUGGCACCUUCCUGGGCGGCUUCAUUGUAAAGAAGCUGAACCUUCGUUGCCGAGGGAUCAUCCGUUUUUGCAUGUUGUGUGCAGUGGUCAGCCUGAUGGCUAUCUUCAUAUUUUUGGUACACUGUCCUAAUGUGCCCAUGGCAGGAGUAACUGCCCCAUACUACAGCAACUUCACACACAACCACUACAGCGCCCCCUACCGGCAGACGGACAUCCACAACAGCAGCUCCUCAGAUCUGGGCAAUCUGACCGUAAGCUGUAACAUUGGAUGUCACUGUGUUGAGCAGUUGUUUAACCCCGUGUGCGGUGCGGAUGGAGUGAUGUAUUUCUCUCCCUGCCACGCCGGCUGCAGCUCCCUCAACCACACGUACAGCGCCAGAGGCAGAAAGGUGUUCUCCAGCUGCAGCUGUGUGGUAGGGAAUAUAUCAUGGGGAGAACAAGGUUUUGCUGAAGAGGGGAGGUGUGUGUCAUCCUGCAAUCACAUGCCAGCCUUCCUCAUCUUCCUCUUCGUCAUCAUCUUCUUCACUUUCCUCUGCAGCAUCCCUGCACUUACUGCCACACUCAGGUGUGUUCCUGACACUCAGAGAUCGUUUGGACUGGGAAUCCAGUGGAUUGUGGUAAGGACUCUCGGUGGGAUCCCAGGCCCCAUAGCGUUCGGCUCAGUGAUUGACAUCUCCUGUCUGCUGUGGGAGGAGCAGUGUGGGGAAUACGGCUCCUGUUACCUGUACCACAACUCAGCCAUGAGCCAGUACUCGCUCAUUGCGGGCAUCAUCUACAAGGUUUUAGGCACUUUCUUCUUCUUGCUGGCUGCCCUGCUCUACAAGCCGCCCCCUGAGUCUCCUCAGAGCAGCUGUGAGAGCACAGAUGUGGGAGGAGACAGAGACCUGCCAAUCAAAGACCUCCCCCCCGAGAUCAUCUCCAACCCGCACGCCAAAUUAUGACCUCAGUCUUCAAAUACACUGACACCUCACCUCAAAUUGUGCAUAUGUGUAUGUGUAUGUGUAUGUGUAUGUGUAUGUGUGUGUGUGUGUGUGUGUGUGUGUGUGUGUGUGUGUGUGUGUGUGUGUGUGUGUGUGUAUAAGGUCAACACCAUCACUGUUCACUGUGCCCCGUCCCUCCGGCUGUACAUUGUUCCCAACAUGCAUCUGUGAUAUAUUCUCAUAUACUCUCAUUGCUCACCAGCCUAAAACUCCCAAGAACUGAAAGCAUCUAUAUCACAAUGAAAGACCAAAGGUCAGAGGUGAAAUCAGAGCAUACAGUAUGAGUUACAUAAACAGAACCUAUCAAAAGCAAACAUAAUCUUAAUUUGAGAAUAGAUUAUGCAUUCAAACUAAUAUUUAUAUAAUUUAAAUGAAAAAAUCUGAGCAUUUUUGCACGGAAAAAGCCAUAAACAAUAUAUAAAAAGAGCACUCAAUACAAAUGUAACGGAAAGAGAGAAAUACAGUAAUGUAACUGUGGAGAAAUUAUGACUAAAAGUGUUAUUCUAUGUAUAAAAGAUGUUGUAUUCAAAUGUAUUCAAACUGACAAUUAGUUACAAACUGUGCCUUUAAAGAGUUUUGCAUAAUUCAGCACAGUUAGAAAUAGAUAUUGCAGAAAAAAACGAUAUACAUUGAAAUACCAUACUCACAAACUCUCUAAACUGCACUUUAAAGCUCACUUCACCGAUGGAAAAAUACAUGCGAACCAUUUACAGUAGUGGCCGUUAAGCCAAGUUUUGUCCUGCAACACCAUAUUACACAGUUCUAGUCCACAGUCUGAUACCAUCUAAAAGCAUGUAAGACUUGUGAUUCUUGUAUUCAUAAAAUUCUGAAUAUUUUUAAGAUUUUAAAAUGUGCCAAAAUCCUGAAGCUCAGGACAGAGAGGCUUCAAGGUGUGAGUUCACAUAGAGAUGCAAGUGAGAGAUGAAGAGGGAGCAGGUUUACAAAAUGAACUUUUUGCAACUGUAUGCCAUGUUGUGAAAUACCCCCUAGACGGGAUAUUCCUGAAAAGCACUUCGCUUCGAGAUUACACUGAAAAUUAUUCUUGCACUGAUAGGAUGACAUAUUGUCAAACAUUAUAAGACAGUUUCUUGGUUCUUCAUAAAAUAACAGCAUGCUGCAUUUCUUUUUGUAUGUAGCAAGAGUUUUUUUUGUUUUUUGUUUUUUUUUCUGGUUGAACAUUGAAGUACCCCAAGUGGCUUAAAUCCAAAUAUAAGAAGCAUAACUAAUAUAACUAAAAUCUACUUCUUAAACCUAAUUUGUGUAUAUCAAGUGCUACUAAAGACACCUGACCAAUGAUACUUUAUGUUGAGGUUUUUAUUUAUUAUUAAAUGCAUUUGUUAGGAUUCAUUUUCUCAUUUUGUAUCAGAACUCUCAAAAGUCAAUUAUUAUUAUGUUUUUCUUUCCCUGAUGUGAUGGAUUUUGAUGGAUUCCAUCGAUUCUCUGAUGGCAAACCCUGAAUGACAGAAAUUGAAGAUUUGCACAAUGAAACUAAAUGCAACAGCAAAGAGUAACAUGAUGUUUGUAUUUGAAUUUCUGUUGGUUUGUGUGUAUUUUUUAUCCCAAGGACUGAAAGAAAGGUGUCUUGUGAAUGGGCCUGCUUUUGUCUUCAUUGGUAUUUAUUUGUGAUUUUUUUUAACCACUGUGUUUCUAAUCACUUGCAAUGAAAUUAGUUUUGGUACUUUCUUUGUCAAGUAAUAUUUUUAUGCUGAAGUUUCGAUAAAAGUUUUGAGUAACAACCCAAAUACGAAAAAAAACAAAAACCUGUCAUUCUAUUUUUGUAUGUUCACACACACACACACACACACACACACACACACACACACACACACACACACACACACACACACACACACACACACACACACACACACACACACACACAUUCUAUGCAAAGAGUUGCAUGUAUUGUCACAAAUGUUGAUGAUUAGUAACCCAGAAAUCUGAAAGUGACACAAUCAGUUCUUUGUUUCAAAACUCCCAAAACAAAUGCAUAAAAAUCCAUUUUAAAAACCUAAAAACAAUAUUUCAAGUUUUAAAUUUAGUUUGAUUCCUUCAUCUUUUUAACUACCCAGUAUGGAAGGAGUGUGUAAUGGAGGCUAUAAGAGCUGUGCCGGUAUGAUAGGAAUAAAAAAAAAAAGAUUCAUCUAGUCCAAACACAAAUGAAUACAUUUGUAAAAUUAAAGAUUACACAAAGUGAUUGAACAUAAUGAAAACACAAAAUGCCCAAGAAUUCUGUUUGCUCAUUUUAAACAAAUAAAAUCGAACAAACAGCAAAAA